AUGAAUGAAUCAGACAUUGACCAACUCUAUAAAGCACGAGAGUUGGCUUUGAACAAGUCGCCUGAAAAGACGCUUCCAAAAGUUUUAGAAACUGCUGAAUCUUUAUAUUUAGCAGCCGACAGCAAUGCUGACCAGGCAAUAAAACACAGGUUAUCAAAAUUUCUUACCCAUGUAUUUUAUGAAAUAUUGACUUCUGAACUUAUACCGAAAAAUGAAAAGCCCUUCAUAGCAUCCCAACAUCUCCAUACUAUCAUGCUAAUAUGUCGUGAUUCCCAAAUUGAUCCUGUAACAUAUAAGUAUGCUAUCUUGUCAUUAACAUCCUCUUACUCAUCACUUUUCGAUCUUGUAGCCAAAACUUCAAAUCAAGAGCUUUGGGAUACGAUGCAAGAAUUGAAAAGCUUUAUAAUUACUAGAUGGAGAACACCUUAUCCAAAAUCCAAAAGCAAUGAACAGGUGGACGACAGCAGUAUGUUGGCUCAGGAAAAUGAAAAUAUCGGAUGUAAACUUGCUACAUUGAAGUUGAUAUCUGAAGUCAUCAUAGUACAAACACCGAUAAUAAGUUCUUCAACUAUCAAAGAUAAAUCAGGUCACAUGAAUAUGAUAAGUCUGGCUUCGGUGCCUGAUAAUCAUCCAGUUAUAUCUAAGAAGCAAGUUUAUGAAUCAGAAGCCAAAAAGUUACUUGACUCUCUAUUGAAUUAUCUAGUUGAACAGCCUUUCAUGAUUAGUAUGAUAUUUGUCGCAAUAAUCAACUGUCUGGCCAUUGUUAUGAAGCAAAGACCACAAACAACUAUAAGAAUACUUUCUGGAUUAUUGAGGUUUAACGUUGAUGCUAAAUUUCAAAUGGAUAAUCAAUCAACAGUAAAUUAUAGAUUAGCGAAGAGAUUUGUUGAAAGAGCAUACAAGAAUUUUGUUCAAUUUGGUUUAAAAGGCCAAUAUAUCAAAAAUACAGGUACCACCUCAACUUUUUAUACUAAACUUUCUAAGAUUUCUCAAACUUUACAUGUAAUUGGAGAAGAAGCAAAAAGCAAGGGUAUAUUGAACUUUGAUGCUAAUGAAGUAGAGCAUUAUAUGAACUCUGAUGAUAGAAACAAGGCAAUUGCACAAAUAAAACGUCUAAGAUCCUCUAUUGAUGACUUAAUUAAGGCUCAAAUGCUAACCCAUGAUGGCAGCUCUCUUUCAAAUAAUGAUAAUAAUACGUUUGAUAAUAUGCAGUCUUCUAAUAUAGCAAAUGGGAAAGCAUCAUCCUCAGAAUCGAUAGAUGAUAUGCAUUUCAAUGAGAAAGCAUUGCAACUAUCUGAAUUGCAGAAAUAUACCAUGUCAAAAAACAAUAUGCAGAAUUUUUUCAACAGUUCAACAGUGGCAUUAGAUAACAGCUACUCUUCAGUAUAUUCAUUGAUGAACAGCAAAAACUCAGAUAUAGACAUGUCUAAGCUUCCAAGUGACUUGUUAUUGAAACUAUGCUCUGAAGCGGUUUUCAAUACAGAUACAAAGAAAAUGCUAACCGGAUUAUCUAUUGUUGCUUCCCGUUAUUCAGAUUUAAUGAACAAGUACAAGACUAAGAAGCGCAGGAUGGAAGAUGAUGAAAUGGCUGAAAGAUUAAACAAAAGGUUGCGUGGAGAAGAGGUUGAUGAACCUAUGACCAAUGCUCCUAAAGUUGAGGAGAAACCUAAGGAGAAAGUGGAAGAGAUGUCAGAGGCCAGUGCCAUUAAUAAAUCCAAUGAUUCGACUUACACUAUCGAACCAGAGAAACUAAAUGAAAACGAGAAGGAAGAGCAUUUCAAGAGAAUCAUCUCCAAUAUAAUGGACAUAAAGAAAAUGGAAGAAACACCAGAGAUUAGUUCCUUUGUAAACACCAAAUUGAAGCCCUUGCAAAAGAUUAAAUUAAUGCAAUGGAACUCUAGCGAGUCGUGGUUACACAUAUUGACUAGAUUGGCCACUCGUGGUGUAAAUCAUGAUGAGAACAUGAGUAACAUCAUUAGACAGACGUUGUACGACUACUUCUUGGACAAUUUUAAUGAUAGGGCGAGUGUUGCCUUAGAGUGGUUAAAUGAAGAAUGGUACAAUGAGACCAUUAAUAAAUCGAAGAAAGAGAACGGAGAAGAGAGUUACAAGAACUACGACGAAUGGUCCCUGAAAUUGUUAGACGGGCUUGUUCCGUCCUUGGAGAACCAACAUCGUCGUCUGUUUAUCAGACUAAUGAGUGAACUUCCAAGGGUAACCUAUGAACAUAUCCUAAAACUAAGAUCAGUAUGUCUGGACCCAGCAAGAAGCUCUUUAGGCUUCCAAGUGCUUAAAUUCCUGGUAAUGUUCCGUCCACCCACGAAACCUUACAUCAAGGAAUUUCUCGAAAAACUGAAACAAGAAGAUAGCACUAUUGAAAAGCAAUGUAACUCUAUCCUUGAUAAGUAUUGUAAGUAG